CUUCCCAUCUGCAUCUCAUCUCUUCCUCUCUUCUCAAAACCACAACACAACCAACCAAGAACUUUCUCAGCCACCAUCUUGACCAAACCACAACCACAUCGACAACCAAAACCAACCCCAUACAAGCCCAAAUACCAAACCGCAACCAUGGCCUCCACCACCAAAGGCAACGCCAUCCCCUCGGCUUCCAAGCUUUCAGACCUCUUCAGCCUCAAGGGUAAAGUCGUCGUCAUCACCGGUGCUUCCGGUCCUCGCGGCAUGGGCAUCGAAGCCGCCCGUGGCUGCGCCGAGAUGGGCGCCUCAGUAGCCAUCACGUACGCCUCGCGGGCCGAGGGCGCUCAGAAGAACGUUGCCGAGCUGGAGAAGGAGUACGGAAUCAAGGCCAAGGCCUACAAGCUGAACGUAGCCGACUAUGCGGAAUGCGAGAAGCUGGUGAAGGACGUCAUUGCGGAUUUCGGCCAGAUUGAUGCUUUUAUUGCCAACGCCGGCGCCACAGCCAAGUCGGGUGUCCUCGACGGCUCCAAGGAGGAAUGGGACCGCGUCAUCGAAACGGACCUCAACGGUACCGCCUACUGCGCCAAGGCGGUCGGCCCGCACUUCAAGGAGCGCGGCCGUGGCUCCUUCGUCAUCACGAGUUCCAUUUCCGGCCACAUCGCCAACUACCCGCAGGAGCAGACGUCGUACAAUGUCGCCAAGGCCGGCUGCAUCCACAUGGCCCGGUCGCUGGCCAACGAGUGGCGCGACUUUGCCCGUGUCAACAGCAUCUCGCCCGGUUACAUUGACACCGGCCUCUCGGACUUUGUCGACCAGAAGACGCAGGAUUUGUGGAAGAGCAUGAUUCCGCUGGGCAGGAACGGCGAUGCAAAGGAGUUGAAGGGUGCCUAUGUUUACUUGGUUAGCGAUGCCAGCAGCUACACCACCGGCGCGGAUAUUCUGAUUGACGGUGGAUACACUGUCCGCUAAAGGAGGAGCGCGGAGAAGAGACCUGGGCCCGGAAUCAGAUCACCCGGGAGUUACGUCAUACGGCAUGGGUGCACAGGCCACCCGGAGCCGGAAAUAUGGGGCGUGUUCGGAUCCGAGAUGCCGUGGAUGCACCUCGCUCGCUUCGCUUGCAGUUAGCCCGUUGAGCAUUAUGUAGAAGCCUGUACGAAGUCAUGAAUAAUGUCAAAUUAAGCAAUGUUAUAACACCAUGGUCCC